UUUAAAUUUAUUCCAAGUCAAUUCAAAUAAUAAGACGAAGCAUUUUAAUUUUUAUUAAUUAUAUUGUAAGUGAAGAAAAUAUUUAUUAAAAUGUUUCUUAAUGAGACACUUGUGCUGCUGACGUACACAGCUAAUAUGAUGGCGACUUUGCCAAAUGAAACCAGUUCAAAAAAUUUCAGUAAUAUAAAUGUUGAUGGUCAUAGUGACAGUGAAGCUAAUAAUAAUUAUUUAAUAACAACUUUGUCACCCGAAGAAGAAGAAAAUAAAUUUAAUUUAGAAGAUGAUUGGUAUAUGUGGCGAUGUUAUCAACCUUACGGUUGUUUUUAUAUCGGAGCACCUUGGUCGGGUGAAAAUCGACCGGUAUCAACAUUUCCAGGUCGUCCGGAAAGCGUCGACCCUCACUAUAUGCUCUACACUCGAGAACGUUCGAAUGACCCAUAUGAGCUGCUAAUUGAUCAGUUGGACAUUAUUCGAAAAUCACCGCUGAAAAAUAAUGUAACCCUUUACUUUAUUGUUCACGGGUACCUUGACAAUGGCGACAAAACAUGGAUUUUAAGGACAAAACGUGAGUUGCUGAUACGUGAAGACUGCAAUGUAGUGGUGGUUAAUUGGAUUGCGGGAGCAGGGCCUCCAUAUCCUCAGGCCGUUGCCAAUACGAGACUUGUUGGUGCAAUGACGGCUAGAUUGGCAAUGCAAUUGAUACAAGAAGCUGGUGUACCUGAACAUCGUUUUCAUGCCAUUGGUCACAGUCUCGGAGCACAUACAUGUGGUUACAUAGGUUACUACUUACGUGUGCAAUAUGGUUACAAACUUGGACGAAUUACUGGCUUAGAUCCAGCCGAACCUCACUUCAGUAAUACUUCACCGAUGGUGAGAUUAGAUCCGACAGACGCCGAAUUUGUGACAGCUAUUCAUACAGACUCGAGCCCUUUUGUUACUGGUGGGCUAGGAAUCACCCAGCCAGUUGGUCACAUCGACUUUUAUCCAAACGGCGGUCGUAACCAACCGGGAUGCAACCAUGGUGUGCUCAAUUCUAUCACACUUGAACGCGGAAGUUUUUUUCGCGGAAUUAAAAGAUUUCUUGGGUGUAAUCAUAUUCGCAGUUAUGACUAUUUCAUAGAGAGCAUCAACACGAAUUGUCCGUUUAUCGCGGUUCCUUGUUCCUCGUGGAGUAACUUUCAAGAGGGAAAGUGUUUUGACUGCAUAAGUCAGUACUGUCCUAGAUUUGGAUUUGAUGCGCAGCCUGGAAAUUAUCACGCAUCUGUAUAUCUGAUGACUGCAGCUGAGAAACCUUUCUGUAGAGGACAUUAUAAGAUAACAAUAAAUAUUUCCAAGACAGCAGAGAGCAUAGAUCACGGCGGCGAAGUCGGUAUGUUUGUUAUAAGAGUAAUUGGAGCGGCUACUAAUGGUAGCAAUCAUAAUUAUGAGCACGAUGGUGAUCGUGACAGUGAUAUAAAAAUAUCAGAAAGACUUGAAAUUAGCGAGGCGUCAAAGUAUUACGAGCCCGGAAGUAGCCAUACCGUUGUACUACCUGGUGAAAUUGUCGGAACUCCUGAAGCCGUUGAAAUAACAUGGGAAUACCAAACUUCUGUGUUUAAUCCAUUAACUUGGCGUUUAUUACAUAAGCCAAAAGCUUACAUUGAUUCUUUGAGAAUUGAUAGCUUGGAAGCCGGUCAAGGUAUAACAGUUUGUCCCGACGAAGGCAAAACAAUUACAGCGAAUGAACCGAAAAUAUUGACUGUAGAAAAUUGCCGCUACCACACACCAGAUUCAAAUGUAAUAUCACAUUAAAGUUAAUCACCGGCGAAAAUUUACUCUUAUCUUAAUUGAAAUAAUAAUUUUAUUUCUUAUUAUUUUAAAUACGAUUAGAAAUAAAUUAUCAGAACGUGGGAGUGCGUGCGUAAGAUGUAUAUAAUAUCAUUACUAUUAAUUAUAUAUAAUAAAUGUUAUAAUUUAUAAUCUAAGCUACAUAGAAUUAUUAAUUUUAAUUAUUACUAAAUGUUGGCAUAAAAAUAUUUAAUUUAUUAUCAAAUAAGUAGAGUUGUAUAAAUAAAAUAUGGAAUGUUAAUUGUAAAACGAUUAAUCGAUUGUUAAUUUAAAUAAAGCCUAUAAAAAGUGUAAAAUAGAUACUAAUAUAGUGCAAUAAAGGUACUAGUACGUACCAGUUAAGUUAAGUCAUAAAA